AUGAGCAACAACAACGAAGCCGCCGGAAGCGAGAGCUCCUCCUCGAACCCCAUCCCUCCCCCCGUCGAAGGCCGCCGCCGCCCCGCCAGAGAUCAGCCCAACCCCCGCGGCCGCGGCUCUCCCCCGCAGCAGCCCUGGGAACUGGCCCUCUACAACCAGCCCCCGCCCCGCACUCCUCCCACCAUGGGCGCCCCGGGCCGCACCGCUUUUGGCGCCUACCGCCCGCCCCCUCCGCCACCUCAGCAGUGGCCGUUACCCGGCCCCAGCGCCCACGGCCUCGGCUCCCAGGCCAUACCCGUCGGCGGCGGCGGCGGCGGCGGGGCCCUCCGUAUUGGAGGCAGCCUGGCUGCCAGGAAGAGAAACCGUGACGGCGGCGCUGGUGGUGGCGCUAGGAAUCAAGGUGUUGCAGGCGGUGGCGAAGCAGGUGAUGGUUACCAUUACUGUAGCGUUUGUAACAAAGGUUUCAGCUCGACAAAAGCCCUUUUUGGGCAUAUGCGGUCCCACCCGGACCGGGGCUGGAAAGGGGUGCAUCCGCCCCCGGCGUUUCGGGCCGAGGAAGAGUUUGCGGACCUCCAUAUGGCGGGCGAUGAGGAGGGCGGAGAGGAUGCGGGAGAGGAUGAGGGGAACUUUAGGGUGCCGGAUUUGAACCAGCCGCCUCCAGAGGAUUCCAACUGA